AUGUGGCUGUUCCUGCCGCUGCUGCUGUGCUGGGGCCGCGCUGGCGGCGGCGCCCCGGGGGAGCCCUGCUGGGAAGCGCUGCUCCGCUGCCAGGACGAGCCGGACUGCGGCUCCGCCUACAGCCAGUCGCAGGCGGCCUGCGAGCCGGUGCUAAGCGGGGCCGGGGCCGGGGCCGGGGCCGGGGCCGGAGGAGGGGAGCCCCCCGGCGGCUGCCCCAGCCACUGCAUCGGGGCGCUGGGGCGGCUGAACCGCAGCCGGAGCGGCCCGGCCCUGGAGCGCUGCGAGUGCGGGCAGGACGCGCGCUGCCGGCUGAUGAAGGCGGCCAUCGAGCCCUGCCUGCCCCGGCCCUCCCGCAGCGGCCUGGGCUGCACGGCCGCCCGCUUCCGCUGCCAGCAGGAGCCCGCCUGCCGAGAGCCGCUGGCCGCCUACUUGGCCCGCUGCGGGCAGCUCUUCAACGGGCGGCGCUGCACCGCCGCCUGCCGGGCCGCCAUGGGGCAGCUGCUGGCCGCGCCGGGGGGCCCCGCGCUGGAGCGCUGCGUUUGCGACGGGCCCGAGCGCCCCUUCUGCCAGGUGCUCAAGGCCAACAUGGGCCGCCUGUGCUCCGGGCCGCCCGCCGAGCCGGGCCCGGACGAGGACUACCGGGACGAGGAGCGGCUCCUGCGGGAGGAGGACGAGGGGCCGGGCGCGGGCGGCGCCUGGGUGCGCUCCGGGGGCCGCUCUCGGGACGCGCCGGCCUGGCGCGCCCUGGCACUGGCGGCCCUGCCGCUGGGGCUCCGGCUCCUCUGCUGGCCCUAGGCCGGGCUGCCCGGAGCCUGGCCCGGGGCUGAGUCAGGGGGGUCGGAGCGAUCUGAUGCGCCGCACCACGCGGAGGGGCCCCCUAGCGUUGGAGGUGGCUGCCGUGAGCUGGAGCUGGGGUCCCGGCUGACACUCAGGGACGCUAGCCACUGGAGAAGGCCCCCGCGGGGCCCCGUUUAGAGGCGCCUUUCCCGGCGCUAGGACUCCGGCUGCUUGUCCAGCAUUUCUCCACGGGCUGAGGUUCCCAUACGGGUAGAGGUGACUGGAGAGGCCGAGAUGCGACCUUUUCUUUGGCCCCUGGCAACAUCACUUUUCCUUUCGCUGGAGGAGAGAUGCAGCAGGUGACUAAAGCCUACCAGGGUGCUCCGUCGCUUUUAAUGCGUGCAAAGCCGCAGAUCCUCAACUGCAACCAGACUUUGGCUAACCGUUGUGAAUAUGUAUAUUGCUUGGAACGUCUUUUCCUGCACACAUAUUUUGUACAGAAAGUAGGGGGCCAACCUGGAGGUUAUUUAAGUUGUAAAAUAAGCAUAACCCUGUCACUAUAAAAUCUUUAAUUUUUUCAAAUUCAGCAUUAGAACAUGUAUUUUUUGUACGAUUUUGAUAAAAGUUUUUGACAAUGUUAAAA